AACAAGUCGGGAUUUAUGAAUGCACUCUCCUAUACCUCCUCCUCACUCACAAGAAAAUCAAUCUCCCUUCCAUCAUCAUUCAACACAUGUACGAGUGCUCCGGUCGCCAAAACAAACCCUAUGGUAUGCUUCUUACCCACAUCUUGGCCAAACGAGGCAUUCUUGAGGUGCGCCCUUCCCGCGUUCGCUUUCUUGACGCGGAGUGCCUUGGGUAUUGUGGCCUUGUAAAGAUCGGAGAGGAAUACUACAUGAAGAAGGAAUUCCAAAAGCUUGAUGAGGCGACACGAGCGGAGUAUGGCCCUCGACGAUCUAUGUCAUCCUUGCCUUCCACUUCUCAAGCACCCGAUUCCGAAGGAAAUAACACCACGGAGGUUCUUGUUCAUGCUCCUAGGGUCAAACGCUCCAAGUCGGCGUCUCAUGCUUCCUCGGCCCCUCUCUUGCAUCGUCAUUCCCACAUGGCCUCCACUUCCAAAAAUCCCUUCAAGAAGUUCAAAAAAUUCAUUCUCAAGACCAUGGUGGCUCCGAUGAGGAAACUUCAAGAGAGUCUCGAUGACCUCUCGGAUCGCAUGAAGAAAAUGGAAGACCGUGAGGCUCGGCAAAAGCAACAAGAGGAUUGUGCUUCUAGACGUCGCUAAGUGUUGAGCAUUUGACAAAAUGAUCAAACAUUAUCUUUUAAAAACCAUUAUGUAUUUUGAUUUAUGUUUCAAAACCCUUUGUCUUUUCUUAUGUUUCAAACUCAUAUUUAUGCACUUAUAUGACUCAAAUCCCU